AUGACAGAAAACGAAAGUCAACAACCCUCUAGCGGACACGUUCGUAAAGAACGAGCCAGAGUUUCUUCGCAGAAAGGACGGAGCAAGCUAAAUUCUAAUUACAAGAUACUCAACGAGUCUCUCUCAUUCACGCCAUAUGCAAAAAACAAUGCGACCAAGGCAGACUUACUACUAAAUGCUGCUUUAUACAUAAAAGGUGUCUGUGAAGUAAACAAUCGUUUAAGCGAAGAAAACAAACGUUUAAAUGAAAAAAAUAAACGUUUAAAUGAAGAAAAGGAAGAAUGUUACAAUAACAUCGACAGGUUGCUUACUUUAAUUGGUGAAAGGGAAAUACUUAUUAAUGAAGUGAAUAGAUUGAAUAGUGAAAGGGAAAUACUUAUUAAUGAAAUGAAUAGAUUGAAUAAUGAAAGGGAAUAUUUUAUAGACGAAAUGAAUAUUAAUGAAGUGGUUAAGUCGGAUAGUGAAAUAGAAAUACUUGACAAUGAAUUAAAUAG